AACCGUUUCUCGUUUGCCUGGACAGAGCUGGGGUGGACGGAGUCCGUCCCCUACCUCGAUGGGCCUCCGUCCCCACUGGAGUUUUAUCGAGAGUGGGUGAGUCCGAAUAAACCCUGUGUAAUUCAGAAUGCCAUCAGCCACUGGCCGGCGCUGAAGAAGUGGACCUCAGCAUACCUCAGGGAGGUGGUAGGUCCCAAGGUAGUGAGUGUGGCAGUAACACCAAAUGGUUACGCAGAUGCGGUGUUCCAGGACCGUUUUGUUAUGCCAGAGGAGCGCCAAAUGCCUUUCAUGGACUUUUUGGACAUAGUGGAGAAGAAAGUGACCUCUCCCAACAUAUUCUAUGUGCAGAAGCAGUGUUCAAACCUCACUGAGGAGCUCCCUGAACUUGUCUGCGAUGUGCAGCCUGACAUACCGUGGAUGAGUGAGGCGCUUGGGAAGAAGCCUGAUGCUGUGAACUUCUGGCUUGGGGAAUCGGCUGCUGUGACAUCUUUACAUAAAGAUCACUAUGAGAACUUGUACUGUGUGAUAUCUGGAGAGAAACACUUUCUGCUGCAUCCACCGAGUGACCGUCCCUUCAUCCCGUAUGAGCUCUAUCAGCCAGCAACCUACCAGGUGUCAGAAGAUGGCUCAUUUGAAAUUGUGAAUGAGAAGAGUGCGGAUAAGGUGCCCUGGAUCCCCUUGGACCCAUUGAACCCGAAUCUAGAACAGUACCCAGAGUAUGCUCAGGCAAAGCCUUUGCACUGUACAGUGAAAGCUGGUGAGAUGUUAUACCUGCCUUCUCUCUGGUUCCAUCAUGUUCGGCAAUCACACGGCUGUAUAGCAGUGAAUUAUUGGUAUGACAUGGAGUAUGACCUUAAGUACAGCUAUUAUCAGCUACUAGAUUGUCUCACAGAAACCGUGAAAGUGUUAUAGCAGAGGUGGGAGACUCGAGCUUGUGAUCGCUCUCUGAUGCGACACAAUCAUCAGUAUCUGUGACUGGAGUACAAACAUGAUUCAAGUGAAAAGAACUGAACAGUAAAUUAUCCUCA